UGCAAAAGAAGGCGUUCCAUUUACAGCAAAGGAUCUUACUCUCUUUCCAGUGUCCACACGUUUCUUGUUGGCGUGUGUUUAUUUCGCCUUAAAUCGACCCACCCCGGUGGAGAUGCUGCGGGCAAAACACUCCAGAAGGAUUCUUGAUUCCCUUGGGAUUAUAGGGGCAAGAUGCCAACUCUGCCAUUCCGGCCACGAAUCGGCUGCUGAGAUCCCCAUGGGAGAGAAGUAUUACCCGCUGUAUCCAGGCCACAUCCCCACCAACCUUCUGCAGAAAGGCUUGCUGUCAGCUGGCUCGGCCUGCAUGGCGCUCUACAACCCCUACCGCCAUGAUAUGGUUGCUGUCCUUGGAGAGACGACCGGUUCCUUUGCUCUGCGAAAACUCUGGCAGCGGAUGAAGAACGACACCGAGGGAUAUCGGAUCCUACAGGAGCGUCCUCGUAUCCGUCUCUCCACGCUGGAUAUCGCCGGGCUUCAGGCACUCCCAGAUGGGACCUUUGGACGGGAAUAUGUCCGCUUCCUAGACGAUAACGGAGUCUCUCCGGACACGAGGCUGGCCGCCCGGUUUGUGGACGAUGAAGAGCUGGCAUACGUCAUCCAGAGGUACCGCGAGGUCCAUGACCUCAUGCACACUCUCCUCGGCAUGCCGACCAACAUGCUUGGGGAGAUCACAGUAAAGUGGUUCGAGGCCGUGCAGACGGGUCUGCCCAUGUGCAUCCUGGGAGCCAUGUUUGGCCCUGUCCGUCUAAACACCCGGAAACUGAAGCUCCUGGCCACAGAGCUCGUCCCGUGGGCCGUCAGGAGCGGAAACAGUGCCCGAUGCUUCUUGAACUUCUAUUAUGAAGAGCGCUGGGAGCAGCCGGUGGAAUCCCUUCGCAACGAAAUGGGCAUCCUGCCGCUGCCGGCGGUGAAAGUCUGAGCCCAGGAACAAACCACAGACUUGGUUAGAAAUGAGCAGAUCCUGUGUUGGAUCAAUGGUGUAUCCUGCUAAAUCGUUCAGACGUUUGUCAUGUCCGCUGCCCCGUAAGAGGCGGUCGUAUUAUAAGCAAUGAAGUCUGUAUUGUCAAAGGUUUUCACGGCCGGAAUCAUUGGAGUGUGGUGUGCUUUCUAAGCUGUACCACCAACGUCUUCGAGCAGCGUUUUCUCCUUUUUUCCUUUCGCCUAUUGACAUUUUACAUGACCUGAUGGUGGUCAAGCAAGUGGAGUACAGUGUUCCCUUGCUACUUCGUGGUUCGCUUUCUGCGGACUCACUGUUUUGCAGGUUUUUGGCUCCCGGUUUAUGACUGGUUGCCGUGCUGAUACGGCUGUACCAGGAGCUCCAACUUCAUUUUCUUUCUAUUAAAUGUCUGCAUGCAUUCCAA